CUGAGAGGGAGGGAGCUGAUGGAGGCACUGGGGAGGAGGAGCUCUCAGAGAUGACCGGCCUGGGGAGUGGUGGCUCAGGUGGCCCCUCCUCCAGGUGGGGAGGAGUUUGAAAGGAGGUUAGGACAGAAGAAGGGAUCUUUCAGUGACGGGGGGCUGGGCUUAGGCAGGAGAGACUGAGAGUCCUAACGUCCUGGCCCUGGGUGUGAUUGGAGGAAAGAGCCCAUCUAUCCUGGGGAAAGGACAGGGCGGAGCUCUUGGGACUAGAAAGACCCUGUCAGAGUGAGCUGCUGGGAAGCAGGAAACCGUUGCGCUGAAAUCUCUCUGCCUUCCGCUGCAGCUGAGACUUCUUUGUCUUCUGAAAGCCAGACCCGUCCUUGCCGGCCCCUGGAGAUGGUGACUUUCAAGGAUGUGGCUGUGGACUUCACCCAGGAGGAGUGGGGCCUCUUGGAUCAUUCUCAGAAGGAGCUGUACAAGGAAGUCAUGGUAGAGAAUGCCAGGAACCUGCUCUCUCUGGGACUUCCAGUGAAAUGUGUGAUCUUUUAUUUUAACCAAAGUGAAGCACCAUGGAUGCUGGACCAAGAAGGCCUGAGGAACUACCUUCCAGAAGAUGCAAUGAGAUUUGAAAUGAAGGAAACUACUGCACACCCAAGCCUUUCUGUAGUGCAAAGUCACAGGCAAAGAUUCAUGAGUGAUGGUCCCUGUGACUUGCCCUGGAGAGAAAUCUGUGUGACGCAUGAUGUCAUCAACUCUGGAGAGAAGCAAAGUGGAAUAGCUUUUAGAAAAAGGAGAGCUCUUAGUAGACAUCAGGGAUUCCACACUGGAGAGAAACUCUAUGAAUGUAAGCAGUGUGGAAAGGCUUUUACAAAAAAGGGCAAUGUUAUUGUACAUCAGAGAAUCCACACUGGAGAGAAACCUUAUGAAUGUUACCAGUGUGGAAAGGCCUUUAAAUAUAAGACAGAUCUUACUACACACCAGAAAAUUCACACUGGAGAGAAACCUUAUGAAUGUAACCAAUGUGGAAAAGCCUUUAUAUAUAAGCAAAGUUUUACUGCACAUCAGAAAACCCACACUAGAGAGAGAGCUUAUAAAUGUAACCAUUGUGCAAAGGUCUUUAGAUUUAAGACUUGUUUUAGUGCACAUCAGAGAAUCCAUACUGGAGAGAAACCUUAUGAAUGUAACCAAUGUGGAAAGGGUUUUAUAAAAAGGAGAGCUCUUAUUGUACAUCAGAGAAUCCACACUGGAGAGAAACCUUAUGAAUGCAACCAAUGUGGAAAGGCCUUUAGGCAAAUAGGAACUCUUACUGCACAUCAGGCAAUCCACACUGGAGAGAAACCUUAUGAAUGUAACCAAUGUGGAAAGGCCUUUAUAUAUAAGCAAAGUCUUACUGCACAUCAGAGAAUCCACAUUGGAGAGAAAACUUAUGAAUGUAACCAAUGUGGAAAGGCCUUUAGUCAAGUAGGAGCUCUUAAUGCACAUCAGAGAAUCCACACUGGAGAGAAACCUUAUGAAUGUAACCAAUGUGGAAAGGCCUUUAGGCAAAUAGGAACUCUUACUGCACAUCAGAGAAUCCACACUGCAGAGAAAACUUAUGAAUGUAACCAAUGUGGAAAGACCUUUAGGCAAAUAGGAACUCUUACUGCACAUCAGGCAAUCCACACUGGUGAGAAACCCUAUGAAUGUAACCAAUGUGGGAAGGCCUUUCUAUAUAAGCAAAGUCUUACUGCACAUCAGAGAAUCCACAUUGGAGAGAAAACUUAUGAAUGUAACCAAUGUGGGAAGGCCUUUAUAUAUAAGCAAAGUCUUACUGCACAUCAGAGAAUCCACACUGGAGAGAAACCUUAUGAAUGUAAUCAAUGUGGAAAGGCCUUCAGGCAAAUGGGAAUCCUUAUUGCCCAUCAGAGAAUCCACACUGGAGAGAAACCUUAUGAAUGUAAGCAGUGUGGAAAGACCUAUAGAUGUCAGACAAAUCUUACUGCACAUCAGGCAGUCCACACUGGAGAGAAACCUUAUGAAUGUAACCAAUGUGGAAAGACUUUUAGUCUUAAAGGAAAUCUUACUAUACAUCAGAGAAUCCACACUGGAGAGAAACUUUAUGAAUGUAAUCAAUGUGGAAAGGCCUUAAGACAAAAGAGAAGUCUUACUAGACAUCAGAGAAUCCACAAUGGAGAGAAACUUUAUGAAUGUAACCAAUGUGCAAAGGUCUUUAGAUAUAAGACUUAUCUUAGUGCACAUCAGAAAAUCCACACUGGAGAGAAACCUUAGGAGUGUAAGCAGUGUGGAGAGACUAAAGCAAUAUAAGGGUCUUCUCCUGCUCUCCUGGAAGCCCCAGACUGGCAGUACAGACACUACACCAAAAACUAUGUAGAAAACAACUAAACUCCCGAUAAAGAGGAUAAAUUUAGUGCCUCAAUAAAUCAUAUGUAAGUAAGAGGAUAACAGUGGUUAAUGAAGGAGAGAACAACUGGGGAGGAAAUGGUCAAAAUGGAAUCAGUUAACUACCAUUUCUAUAGUACCCACUGUGUGUCAUGCAUUAUGCUCUCUCAUUUUAUCAUCAUGAGAACCCUAGGAUUAAGUGUGAUUGUUAUGCUCAUUUUACAAUCUAAGAAACUGAGGCAAAUAGGGGUCCUAGUAAUUGACCAGUCAGUUUAUGAUGUGGGAUUAAAGCUCAGGGUUCUCAUGAUUAAAAGCUAUAUCCACUGUACCACUAACUGCAUUCUGAUUUAUUUUUUGGUGGGGCAAUUGGAGUUAAAUGGCUUGAUCAGGG